UGUCUAUGGAACACCGAGCCUUGCCUCGUGUAGUUAGCAGUCCUGCGUAGAUAUACGCAGCCAUUGAGUGCCAGCCGUCGACAUGGCACCAAAUAUAGAUGACAACAGCGUCCCACUCAUUGAAAAUGCCGAGCGGCAACUACAGAAGGGCGCCUGGAAGAAGGAACUGCGUUCAAUUUUCCUGCUGGCGCUGCCUUGCAUCGUGACCACGUGCAGCUCACAGACCAUGGUUGUGACCGAUCAAAUCUUCGUGGGCCAUCUGGGGGUUACGGAGCUUGCUGCAGCGGCGCUAGGAAACACGUACUUCAACCUGAUGUGGUUCUUCCUGCUCGGCUGCUCCACCGCCCUGGAUACCCUGGGCAGCCAGGCCUAUGGCGCCAACGACUAUAGCUCCCUGCUUACGUGGACGUACGCCUCGGGGCUGGUGCUCAGCGGUCUGUGCGGGGUGAUGGCGGUGGGGCUGUGGUACGGCAGGGCGGUUGCCGCCAGCCUCUUCAUGCAGGGGCCCGAGGUGGCGGAGCUGGUGGGCAGCUUCUGCAGGUGCCUCAUACCGGGGCUCUGGCCCAUGAUGUGGAGUGUGGUGAUCAUGAAGUUCAUGCAAACCCAGAACUGCAUGCUGCCACCCGCCCUGGUCGCCGCGGGCACCUGCCUCCUCAACAUCGCCUCCAACGCGCUGCUCAUCCGCUACAUGGGCUUCAUCGGCGCUCCGCUCGCCACCACCGCCUCACGUUUCGUGCAGCUGGCAGCCUACAUCGUGGUUGCCGUGUGGCUCCAGGGGCGCUACCACCCAGGCGGUUGGGGCAGGUGGCUCGGACGCAGCCGACGGUGCUGGGCGCGAGCCUGCUCCCCGCGGAUUCUGAAGCUCUUCAUGCAGCUUGCCUUGCCGGGGGGGUGCAUGUUGGCGUUGGAGGCGGGGAGCUUUGACAUUACUACCGCGUUCGCUGGGGCGUUGGGACCGGUUGCGGUGGCGGCGCAUUCGAGCUUGUUGGCCGUGUGUACGUACAGUUUCAUCAGCUUUCCGUUUGCGGUUGCAACGGCAGCGACGAUUCGCGUGGGGAACCUGCUUGGAGCCGGGCGAGGGGCGCGGGCGAGCAUGGCUGCGCGGCUGUCUGUGCUGAGCGGCGGCGCUUUCCAGGCUUGCUGCGGGGUGGUCAUGUUCUUGCUCCGAAACAAGCUGGGCUAUCUCUUUACCUCGGACGCGGAGGUUGCCGCUGCGGUGGCUGGUAUCUCGUUGUUCGGUGUCGCGUUUCAGUUUUGCGACGGCGCAUUCGGCACCAGCCAGGGCGUGCUUCGAGGCAUGGGGCGGCAGCAGCAGCUCAUGGGAUACAACCUGGUGGGGUUUUGGGGGAGCGGUGUUGCGUUUGGCUGGUGGCUGACGUUCAAGGCAAAGCUGGGGCUGGAAGGGUUGUGGGCGGGGAUCGCGACGGGGGAUUUCGUUGCUGCGGCGCUGUGUGUGGUGACAUGGCUGCUGGUGGACUGGAGGAGCGAGGUGGACAAGGCGGCGGAGCGGCGGGCGGCAGCUCACGACCACGGUGACGACCACUACGCUGACGUGGGCCAUGUGGACGGCGAACCCGACGACUGGCACGACUUCCUCAUCCCACACAAACACGCGCUGCUGCUGGCAGGCGAGGGGGACGGGACGGAUGCUGACGCCUCAGUACGCAGUGUUGCUGCUGCUGCUGCUGCUGCUGCUGCUGCUGCCGCGGGUGGUAGCAGCAGUGGGGCUGUGGGUAUCAGCGGUGGCAUCGGGGGCGGCGGGUACACGGGGCCUUAUGUGUUUGGGGCACUGCCAGGUGCUGGGGAUGUGGAGGAUCCGUUCAGUCGGGCGAUGGCUCAGCCGUACGGGUCGCCGAGGUUUGCGAGCCCCCGGUGCCGUGGGGCGUGAUGGGCUUGCACGUGUGGGUUUGGGAGGGGAUUAUUGGGCGGGAUGAUGAGUGUGAUGGAGGUGAAUGCCGAAGGGGUUCUGUGUGAUGGUGUGUAUUGGGGUGUGGCUGCUGGUGUGAUGCUGCUUGGGGAGCGUUUGAGAGCCGGGUAGCGGGAAGUGUACGGGGCUACUUUGCCUCCAUGUGUGCUUUCAGGAGGUGCAGGAGGUGCGGGAGGCGGGAGUUGCGCCGCUUUAUUAGGUAUUGAGUAUUGCUAAAGGACCGAGCGGAGUUAACUGCUCUGGGCGGCUGCAGGGUUGGGGUGUUUUGAUGACACGGAUAUUUGAGCGCCGAGACCUGCUAAGUAUGGGGGAUUGGUGGAAGGUGACUGGGAAUGCUACCGGUACUGCUGGGGACCUGGGUUGUGCUUUUGGCUCCAAGACUUGUUGUUGCUUGGUAGCAGGUCCCACGGGGAGUUUUUCUGGAUACGUUUUGGGGUGAGCAGAUGCUAUACAUAGCUGGUUCAGGAUAGACAUGCGUUGACUUACUGGUGCUUUCCCAUUAAGCACAUUGCUUAAUGCUUAUGUCCUCGACACUGCUUAUGCUCGUACGAUUCGCUGCAGUUGUCUUUUUGUUUUGCUGCCAUAGGGUGUCGCAGCUUCGGCUUAAGAGCGAAUGGCUGCCGAUGUUGUACGGAGAGGAAGUAGCGCAUUGCGCGCAAAGGUGAACAUAAUAACUGCUACCACAGUGACACACAAUGACAAUACGGACUUCUACUGCUGCACCUUG